UGUGAGGUGUGCACAUUCGGUCGAGCAGAGAAACGAGAGGAAUACUGCGAGGGAGAAAGAGGGAGUCAAAGGGAGAGAUUGAGAAUACGGUCAAACACACAAGAGCAUCAUGGCACCCAUAGGACUCAAGGCGGUGGUUGGUGAAAAGAUUAUGAAUGAUGUCAUCAAGAAGGUGAAGAAGAAGGGGGAAUGGAAGGCGCUGAUUGUGGACCAGCUGAGCAUGAGGAUGCUGUCCUCCUGCUGCAAGAUGACAGACAUCAUGUCAGAUGGCAUCACCAUUGUGGAGGACAUAAACAAACGGCGAGAGCCUCUUCCCACCCUGGAGGCCAUUUACCUGAUUACCCCCACGGACAAGUCUGUGCAGACCCUGAUUGGCGAUUUCAAAGACCCCCAUUCAGCCAAAUACAAAGCAGCCCACGUCUUCUUCACUGACUCCUGCCCGGACCCACUGUUCAACGAGUUAGUAAAGAGCCGUGCUUCCAAAUCCAUCAAGACCCUGACUGAGAUCAACAUCGCCUUCCUGCCCUACGAAUCACAGGUGUACUCUUUGGACAACCCGGAUGCCUUCCAGAGUUUCUACAGCCCCCAUAAGACCCAGCUGAAGAACCCAGUGAUGGAGAGGCUGGCAGACCAGCUGGCCACCCUGUGUGCCACCCUGAAGGAGUACCCCGCUGUUAGAUACCGAGGUGAGUACAAAGACAAUGCCACCCUGGCCCAGCUGUUGCAGGACAAACUGGAUGCCUACAAGGCUGAUGACCCCACCAUGGGAGAGGGUCCUGAUAAGGCUCGUUCUCAGCUGAUCAUCCUGGACAGGGCAUUUGACCCCGUCUCCCCCGUCCUGCAUGAGCUCACCUUCCAGGCCAUGGGCUACGACCUGCUGCCCAUCGAAAACGACGUCUACAGAUAUGAUUCCCCUGGGAUGGGAGACACUUCCCAGAAGGAGGUCCUGCUGCAUGAGGAUGAUGACCUGUGGGUGGGGCUCAGACACAAACAUAUCGCUGAGGUGUCCACAGAGGUGACACGCCAACUGAAGGACUUUUCUGCUAGCAAGAGGAUGAACACUGCUGGAGAGAAGACCACCAUGAGGGACCUCUCUCAGAUGCUGAAGAAGAUGCCCCAGUACCAGAAGGAGCUGAGCAAGUACUCCACUCACCUGCAGCUGGCUGAGGACUGCAUGAAGCACUACCAGGGCACAGUGGACAAGUUGUGUCGUGUGGAGCAGGACCUGGCCAUGGGUACAGACGCUGAGGGGGAGAAGAUCAAGGACCCCAUGAGGGCCAUCGUGCCUAUCCUGCUGGAUGCCAAUGUCACCACGCAUGACAAGAUCCGCAUCAUCCUCCUUUACAUCUUCCUCAAGAACGGCAUCACGGAGGAGAAUCUGAACAAGCUCAUCCAGCAUGCUCAGAUCCCACCUGAGGACAGUGAGAUCAUCACCAACAUGGCCCACCUGGGUGUGCCCAUCAUCACAGAUUCCACCCUUCGCAGAGGAAAGAAGCUGGACAGGAAGGAACGUGUGAGUGCGCAGACCUAUCAGCUGUCUCGCUGGACACCACUGGUCAAGGACAUCAUGGAGGAUGUUAUUGAAGAUAAGCUGGACACCAAGCACUACCCCUACAUCUCUACCCGCUCCUCUGCCUCCUUCAGCAGCACUGCAGUCAGUGCCCGUUAUGGUCACUGGCACAAGAAUAAGACCCCAGGCGAGUACCGCACCGGGCCACGCGUCAUGGUCUUCAUCAUCGGAGGCGCGUCCUUCAGCGAGAUGCGCUCUGCCUACGAGGUCACGCAGGCCAACGGGAAGUGGGAGGCUAUCAUUGGAUCAACCCACGUCUUCACCCCCACCGCCCUCCUGGAACAGCUCAAGACCAUGAACAAACCAGAUGAGGAACCAGCAAGCUAAAACCACCCAGCCCCAUCUAUCUAUCUCCUUUCCUCUACCCUACACAUCCUCCCAGUCAUCCUCCCAGUCAUCCUUCAUGAAUUGUGGAAACAUCUCAUCUUGCACGAGAAGAAUAAGAAUAUAAAACAAUGAUAGCAUUGGUGAAAAAAUAUAUGUUGAAACAGAAAUAAAAUCAUGUUGCAAGUAUUCUCAUGUUUUACAAUGGAUGCAAAUAACAGAACUUAUUUAAAACAUGUUUAAAUAUCAACUAAGGUCAUUUGAAACUGAAAGUACCAAAUGUAAUAUUGUAUGCUAUGAAACCUGCUAGAAUGUGUAAAACGUAGAGGUUCUCUCUGUUUGUUCCCUCAGUUUAUCUUAUUGGUGUGAUUUUUACUGGCAGUGGGUGGAGGAGGGAUGCCUUACUGGAGUUGGUUGGCACUAGGAAAGUCAAUGCAGUAAGAUCAUAUCACUCAACAUGCAAUAUAACUCAUCCCUGUCCUAUUAGGGGGAAGAAUCCUAGCUGGUCAAGACAUUUGUAUCAGUAGCAUACAGGGAUGGAACCUAAGGAUUUUGGGCACUGACCAGCCAGGCUAGAAGACUGCAAUUUUUACUAGUCCAAAAUCUGUGCCAUGCGAUAUUUGAAAAUACAACAUUUCACUAGCCGUUGGACUAGUUGGGCACAUUUUCUACUAGCCCGGUCUGAAAAGUACUAGCCAUAGGCUAGCAGGCUAGCUUAAUUUCCAUCCCUGGUAGCAUGCCUGAACAUUGUGUGGACUGUUACUGUAUAUGCUUUAGUAUGGAAAUACUGAGAACAAGCAACCCAAGAGAUCCUUCAGUGCUAUCUGUGAGGUAGACAGUAACAAACAGCCAACCUGACCCUAGGUCUGAGGAUAGAGAAAAACGGGACUCUGUAAAUAGCUACAGAAUGGUAGAAGCAUCCUUCCUCCAGCCAUAAGACUGGAACUAUUUACUCACCACAUCCUUUUCUCUGGAGAGAUUUCACGGUUGAGUGUCAAAAGGCCAUUGCUUGCAGAUGUUUAAAGAAUAAUCAUAAAGGGCCGAUUUGUAUUUCAGUAUUGUAUCCUGUCACAUUGUAAGUCUUAUCAUUGGUUAGUGUCAAAAUGUUUAACCGGGUCAUGCACUGAGUAGUGUGUUGUGUAUAUGCCAUAUGUUGAUGUUUUAGUGUCCCACUGUUGACUGGUGAUGUUUCUGACUGUGAAGUAGUAAAAGAUUUCAUUUAAAAAUGCCAAUGUGAAGUCACGUGUUUGUGAUGUUUUAGCUGUAGCUGUAGUGGUCAACAGGGAAAAUAACUAAUAUCUAUAUUUUGUUUGUCUGUCCGUUUUAUCUUCUGGUACAUUUUAACUCUUCCAAUGGUGAAUGGCUUUGCAAAGAAAAUGUAACCCCAAUAUUUCAUUUUAUUUCUCCAUUUUUCCUCUCUAUUGCCUGGCAAAACAGGUUGUAUAUUGAUAGCACUAUGCGUUUUCUGUUAUGCCAACAAUUAAUUUCAUUUUUUCUAUUAUCAGUUGCUGUUGUAAAGGUUUCACUGUCUACUCAAUUAAUUUAUAUCCAAGUUAUUUGUCAGAGGGAAGAAAUAUUAAUAAAUGAAACAUAAGUCUGUCCUAAACCGGUUUAACUUAAUGGGAUUCUAUAUUUGCAAGUGUUGAAGCACAAACAAAAGUAUACUUCAUGUGUACCAAUGUACUAAGGCUGUCUAAUAAAUUGGCUUCCAUUACAAGGACAAAA